ACGUGGGUGAUUGAUUAAUGUAAUUGAUGGACGCUUAUAAAAGAAGAGCAAGGAGGGCAUCGUGUUCAACACUUACAAACGGGUUGGGAGAUAAUACAUAGUGAUAUCAGAAAGUAUCGAUGGCGCAAAUUGGGGUUUUAUACCGUUUGGUAGCAACGAUAACAUGUUUCGUGUGUUUAGGGUUUAAUGUUGGGAUGUGUUCAGAGUCAGACGCCUUGAUCAAGACUUACGUGUCAUCAUCUCUACAGUCUAACGAUGGAUUCGUCAAGUCCGCCAAGCUUAAGGUACACAAGAUCUCUGGAUCGGAAUGGGAUUCACUUGUAAUCAAGUCCGAACUUCCGGUCAUGGUUUUGUUCACAGCCCAAUGGUGCGGCCCAUGUCGCGUCAUAAGCCCUAUGUUGGACAAACUUGCCUCCGGCUUCACGGACCGCCUCAAGUUCUACACCCUGGACGUUGAUCAGGACUCAGACAUCGCAGAACGUUACUUCGUACGCUCGUUACCAACCACCAUUAUCUUUAAAGACGGAAACAAGGUGGCUAGAGUAACUGGAGUUGAUCUUGAGAAAAUAUCUGAACUCGUGAAACAAUUCGUUUAAUGAUGUCUCUUGGCCCGUCUGGAGUCCUUUUAUUUAUAUUUGCUUGCUUUCUUUGGGUCAAGCCUUCGUUUAUUUGUCCAGCUACUAUGUUAUCGAGUUGUUGCUUGUAUGAUGUCCUUUAAUUCCUGUUCCACUAUUAAGAAUAACAAAAUAUAAUAUUUAAUAAUAUAUUGGGCUAUGUGUAUAUGCAC